GAAGGCACAAUCAAAUUAAAAUAAACCUGAGAGAUCAGAUACAAAGAGAUCGAGCAAUGGCAUUAGUGUCUUCACUUUCUCCUGCGACCCCUUCUUCGGUUCAAACCAACACUUUGAACCCAUUGGGUUGGACUGAUGAUCAGAUCCUGGAGAAGGUUUACAUUACCCACGUCCACACCGCUGAAAGGUACGAUGUGGAAUCGCUUUUCAACGUUACUGCAAACAUCAUCAAGCGUUCUACUGCACUUGCUGACAGUGUUGCUGUUAAGACUGGCACACCCGUUGGUCUUAUUGAAGACAAGGUUCCUUUGUCCACUUUCGACCCACCGUUCCUAAAACUUAAGCAUAUUGCUUCUCAGAUGAUGAACACACCGCACGGUGAGCAUCAUGCACACAGCACAGCAAUGUCGAUCCUUGACCAGCUGAGAACGUACACAUGGGAUGGAAAAGCGAUAUUGGUUCUGGCGGCUUUGGCUUUGGAGUAUGGAAACUUCUGGCACCUCGUCCAGACUCCGAGUGGAGACCAUCUGGGAAGAUCACUGGCACAGAUGAGCCGAGUUCACAUCGUGGAGAGGAACAGGCAAGCCGUGGCUGACUACAACAGCUUGGUCAAGAACUUGCUCAUCGCGGUUGAGUGCAUCACCGAGUUGGAGAGGCUUUCCACCAAAGGUUAUGACUUGAAGGACGUCCCAGCCUUGGCAGAAGCCAUGCAAGAGAUCCCUGUUGCUGUCUACUGGGCUAUCGUCACCACUGUUGUCUGUGCUAAUCACUUUGAUUUCCUCCUUGGUGAAUCGGACUCUAGAUACGAAAUAGCCAAUUUUGACGACAAGCUUGCAGCUGUUAUCAGCAAAUUAAAGGCGAAUCUCACCAGGAGCAGAAAGAAAAUAGGUGACCUAGAAGACUACUGGAGGCGUAAGAAGUUGCUUCAAACCCCCACAGAAAUUGUAGAGGUUCUCAAGGUUCUGAUCUACCACAACGAAGUUCACGACCCCCAUGUCUACGAUGGACUCACCAGACAAAUGGUUAGCAUCGAAGUGUUCAGGAAGAAACACGUGUUACUGUUCAUUUCGGGGCUUGACAGCAUCAGAGAUGAGGUUCGGCUUCUGCAAUCAAUCUAUGAGGGAUUACAGGAAGAUCCAAGGGAAGUGAAAGGAUACAGGAAAGAGGAUUUCAGGAUUCUGUGGGUCCCUGUCGUGGAUGAGUGGAAUCUUCUGCACAGGGCAGAGUAUGAUAACCUGAAGCUUGAAAUGCCGUGGUAUGUGACGGAAUACUUCUACCCCUUGGCGGGAAUCAGGCUCAUAAGGGAGGACUUGAACUACAAGAAUAAACCCAUCAUCCCUGUGCUCAACCCUCAAGGCCGGGUCGUCAACUACAAUGCAAUGCACAUGAUUUUCGUCUGGGGCAUCGAUGCCUUCCCUUUCAGACCCUCUGAUGAUGAUGUCCUCACCCAGAAAUGGAAUUGGUUCUGGGCCGAAAUGAAGAAAGUCAAUCCCAAGCUGCAAGACCUUAUAAAAGCGGACAGUUUCAUCUUCAUAUAUGGAGGCAGUGACAAGAAGUGGCUGCAAGAUUUCGCUCAGGCAGUGGAAAGAAUCAAAAGGCAUGAGAUCAUCAAGAGGGCAGACGCGGUGAUAGAGCACUAUCCAUUCGGAAGGGAAGAUCACAGGAUCGUUCCUCGCUUCUGGAUUGGCAUAGAGAGCCUGUUCGCGAACAUGAUUCAGAAGACACACAAGGACCCUACCAUUGAGGAGAUUAAGAGCUUGCUCUGUCUGAAACAGCAACAACCCGGGUGGGUUCUUCUCAGCAAAGGGUCGAACGUGAAGUUGUUGGGGAGUGGGGACCCAAUGCUGGCAACUGCAGCUGAUUUCGAGAUAUGGAAGGAAAAGGUGCUGGAGAAAGCAGGGUUUGACGUGGCUUUCAAGGAAUACUAUGAGCAGAAGCGUCGCAACUACCCUCAGGAAUGCUCGAACAUGCAGUUGGCUAACUACCCUGCUGAUAUUCUUCACCCCAUUAAUUGCCCUGAUGCUGCUUGUGGCAGAUCCAUGGAGAUUGCUUCUGUAAGUUACAAGUGCUGCCACGGUCAAGCAGCUCAUCACAAGGCUGAAGUUCCAGAGAGUGGCGAUGUCAUGAUUGAGAAGAAGCUCUACGCUUCUUAAUUGCAACGAUCCAUUUUGCUGACGGAUCCACCUUUUCAAUUCUAUUCCAAGUCUGUGUGCACUACGUACUUUUAUCAUACUAUUCUCAUUUUUACGUUUCGGCUGUAUGUUGUCAUGAAGCCUCUUCUGUGCUGCCCUUCUAUGGGUUGAAAAUAAUGGCUUCAAACACCAUCUGUUUGUUUAUCUGCAAUUGAUUUUGAUUCAAUUCAAGAGAAUCCAGUUGUUGGCUUCUAUUAUGAUUUCA